AUGGAUGAAGAGUCCCUCCCAUCUGGCCAGGCAAGAAAACCAUCGCGGGAGCAGUCAAGUGUCGAAACCCACAAAUCUUCAUUUGCUGGUACCCGACAAGCUUCUGAAGAAAGUAAAAAUAUCAGAUUCGUUGAUCAGGAUCUCAUAGACCAUCAUCCUCGCAAUCAACAACAUCGACCAUCAUUUGGGGAUCCCAAAAAGUGGCGAAAUGUUCGACGAAGGAUGUCGAUCAAACCAAUAGGUAAGUUUGUUCCCAAUCUUAUUUCGGUUUUACAUUGUGAGAUUCCUUUCGCAUUACUUUCGCACUAUCCCUUCGUUCAUAACUAUCAUUCAUUUACAUCCAUCAUAACCCAAACUGGCAUGCGUCUAUUUAAAUAGUC